UGCACGGCCGGACGCUGGCUCACUGAGGAGGCCCGGGAGUGGCGGCCGCGGCGGGGCGGGCACCAUGUUGUGCCGGGCGGCAUGCAGCGCGCGCCGGGGGCUGGCGCCGGGCCUGGCGGCCCUGGGCUCCCGGCAGAAGCACAGCCUCCCCGACCUGCCCUACGACUACGGCGCGCUGGAGCCGCACAUCAACGCGCAGAUCAUGGAGCUGCACCACAGCAAGCACCACGCGGCCUACGUGAACAACCUGAACGCCACGGAGGAGAAGUACCGCGAGGCGCUGGCCAGGGGAGACGUCACAGCCCAGGUGGCUCUGCAGCCUGCCCUGAAGUUCAACGGUGGAGGUCACAUCAACCACACCAUUUUUUGGACGAACCUGAGCCCUAAUGGUGGUGGAGAGCCCAAAGGGGAGUUGCUGGAAGCCAUCAAACGUGACUUUGGGUCCUUUGACAAGUUCAAGGAGAAGCUGACGGCUGUGUCUGUUGGUGUCCAGGGCUCAGGGUGGGGUUGGCUCGGCUUCAAUAAGGAGCAGGGACACUUGCAGAUUGCUGCGUGUGCGAAUCAGGAUCCGCUGCAAGGAACAACAGGCCUUAUUCCACUGUUGGGGAUUGAUGUGUGGGAACACGCUUAUUACCUGCAGUAUAAAAAUGUCAGACCUGAUUAUCUGAAAGCCAUCUGGAACGUGAUCAACUGGGAGAACGUCACUGAGAGAUACUUGGCUUGCCGAAAGUGAAGCACCGUCAUGCUGUCGAGCGUCGCGUAGCAGUGUGAAGUGUUUAGGCUGCUCAGCUGUAGCGUGCAUUGUUCAUGUCUAUUCACGUUUGAUAAACAAUGUAAGGUAAUGAGUGAUUUCUUAUUUUAGAAUUUUGUUACUGAGCAAUUGUUUGAAAAUAGCAGAUACUUUGUGUGAUUUAGUCUUGAUUGAACAUUUUCCUCAGAGCGCUAAAUCGCGAGGUAGGUUAUCAUUGUCAUCAUAAAGCCAUCAGGAAUGCCCCAGGCCCGGCGGGAAGCCUUUCUAAUCCUGUUCUGUUGCAGUUCUAGAAAAUCCGGUCUUCUGCCCCAGCUGUUUGACAGUAAAAUAGAAAACAGAGUGUGUUCUUUUGUUGGAAGUCUUUGUUGCAGUAGAUCUCCUGUGUAGAAGUAUAACAGUAGACUCCACCCAGCGAUCUCCACAGCGUCACACAGGGUCCUUGCUUACCGUUCUGUCACUGAUGCUGCGUGGGAACUGCUCUGUUACGUGGAUGAUUGUGCAUCUGAAUUGUUCUGUGGGCAGAAAUUCUGUCCUCAAGUGUAGAAACGUGAAUUACACAAAAGCCGUCAGGUGGGCAGGUGAGGGCCCAGGUGGUAAAAUCGGUGGUGGGGUCAGGCCACAGGUGGUUCUGGCUGGGCCCUGGACCAGAAGGCCGUGCCCCAGGAGAAGUGAGCGGAGUUCUGAGAUCAGUAGCUUGCCUCCCUCAGAAAUGGUCAUUUUUCAAAGACAUGUUUUUAUGGGAUCUGCUGUUUUUGGCGUAUUUCAUUUUCUUCUAAGGCCUGCAGCCCGGCAGAAGCUGUAUGUUGUUUCUGUCAGCAAGCGGAAGCUGCCCGCGGUCCGCAGGGCGGUGAGAGCCACGUCAGUCCCGCUGUGCCCGUCUCCUGGAGCGGGGUUCUCUCUGCGUUUGGCUUCACGUCGUCCACUUUCCCAGUGGCUUCUCCUCUUCGCAGUUGUUCCUAAAGGCCCUGUGCUAUUCUAUCAGCUGACUGUUUCCUGGUUUAUCUUACAGUUCUGUUGCCCGAUAUUUCAUUUUUUCCUGGUAGUUAUUACCAGUAAUGCUGUGCUGGGCAGCUCUGCACAUGGGUUUUAACUACUGGUAGAAUGUUUUUUUAACACUGGAUUUUUCUUAAGACUCUUUAGUUAUGUUUUCCCAAGUUUAUUUUUUCCCCCAACUUUAUUUUUCUAUUUUUUUCCCAUUGGAAAAAUGGAGUAACUUAGCAGUUUCAAUAUUGAAGACUGAAGUUUAAUGACAACAACAAAAAAGCUACUUUUCUUCUAUAAUUCAAUUAGAAAAGUAGACGUUCAGAGUUGUCAGCAGUGCUGGUGCGGUCAUUGAUAACUCGGAGUGUGUGUGCGUGUGCGUGUGUGUGUGUGCAUACUUGUAGAUCAAAAGGACUUUGGAGCCCACGAUUGCCAUUCUUUGUGGACCAAAGAGAAAUGAGUUUCCUGGGGUACCCAGUGGCCGUCACGUGCCACGUGCCGUUAGAUACCUGGUGGAGAACUCUGUCUAAACAGACCUUCAAGAAAAGAGAGGCCUUUUGAACACAAGUCACCUGCUGCAGCGUGGUUUAUAAUGAACUGACAAAGAUAUACUUGUACAAUAAAUGCUCUUUAAUUGCUUUCAAAACAAUUCAAUGUUGAAAUUUCUAUGGGGCUCUAUUUUUGCUCUGGCUUUCUGAUGACAAUGAGAAUGAGGAGACUGUCCUACACUAAGUUUGUGUCUCCUGCCCACUGGAUGGAUUUUUAAGAGACCAGGAGAACUUGCAGAUGCAAGGUUGUCGUCACCAGUGGGAUCGUGCCUCUCGGGUUGUGAGAGAACAGGUGCUGUCCUCUGCACGGCAGUGCUGUUCCAGCCCCGGCAGGCAGCUUCGGGCACAGCCCAGGCAUGACCAGAGCCACCGGGAAGCUGGGAGUGAAACGGGCACUGCCUUGAAGUAACAUCUGUUGCCGCUUGACUGUUGUGUGAUAAUUAGACUUGGCGUUGACCCAUCACCACUUCAUUGUAUACCUCAGAUUCGUAGUCUUAGGUUAGGAUUUUUAUCUAGCACUUUUUAAAAUAGUAUAACUAUUAACUUGGGUUGGCAAUGGGACUCAGCGGGUUAAACCUUCACUUGGGUUGUUCACGUCCCACACCGGAGCAGCUGCUCUGCUUCCGGCCCGGCUGCCUGCUGGUGCACCCGCGAGGCUGUGGUGGAUCGCCCAUGUACUGAGUCCCUGCCACCCAUAUGGGAAGCCGGCUAUUGCAAGCAGAUAGAAGAUCCCUCUCUCUCUGUCUUUCUCUCUGUCUCUCUGUCUCUCUCCCCCCUUCUCUCUGUCACUCUGCCUUUUAAAUAAAUAGUAAAUAAAUAUUUAAGAAACAUAGAUUUAAGAUUAAUGUGCAUUGUGAGUCAUAUAUAAAACUUAGGUUAUAAAUAUAAAUUUUAUUUCCUCGUUGUUAGGUAAGUGUUUUGUUACUUUCUCAUUUCCUAAUGAUCCCAGCAGGCUAAUAUCCUGUCUUCUGAGAUCUAUAUCAAACCUAGAAUAUUCUAAAAAUAGUAUAAGGUCCUGGGUAGUUUUCAUUUAUUCAUUAAAGAAACAUUUAUUUUCC